CGAUGACCAUGCGACUGAUGGGAAAGUUGAAGGGCACGAGGACUGGUCAACUCGUAUUCGAGCGAGCGUGCCUUGAGUGGUGUGGUGGUAGGCUACACUUAAGCGGUAGUCGCCGAAGUACAGCAGGUGGUUAACUAAUAGACAGCGACGAAAUACAUUAUUAACGUUGGAAGACGAAUUAGGUUUUCUUAGUUCGUCGAGGACGAUUAUGUGUUCGAUUUGUUCGACUUGUUAAAAGAUUAUGGCGCGUCUCUGUUAGCAAGUAAGUGACUAGCGGGUUCGCUAGCUUGCUCUGGAAGCGGUGGCACAAGGUAAAACAUUUUAAUAUUUGAUUUAUUCGCUGACGAGUAACGUUAAACAUCGAACUCUAAUGGAGUUGAUGUGUUACGAAAAUGGAGAAUUUAGUUCGACCUCUGCCAACGCAUCAGAUCCCAACAACCCCUACAUACGAGCCUCCUGUGACCCUGUUCUGACGAGGGAUCACCGAAUUUGGAGAAAUCUUCUGAUAUUAGAAAAGCUCAGCCAGACAUCAGAUACUUUCUUCGGCUCUGUUCAAACGGACAUUCAACCUUAUAUGCGACGAAUAUUGGCGGUGUGGAUGUUGCAGGUUUGUGAGGAGCAGAAGUGUGAAGAGGAGGUAUUCCCUCUAGCAAUUAACUAUCUGGACCGCUAUCUGAUGCGCUAUCCCAUUGAAAGGGGGCACCUACAGCUUCUCGGGACCGUCUGUAUGUUUGUGGCCUCUAAACUGAGAGAGACUGUUCCACUCAGUGCAUCCAAGCUUUGCAUCUAUACGGACAAUGCUGUGUCAGUCCCUCACCUCCUGCACUGGGAGAUGAUUUUGGUGUCCAGACUGAACUGGAAUCUUGCCAUAGUUUUACCCUCCGAUUUCCUGGAGCCUAUUCUGGCAAGUUUACCCAUCAUUCCGCAUGACCUCCAUGCUGUACGCAAGCAUACUCACUCUUACAUUGCUCUCGCUGCAACAGAGUUAAAGUUUUCAGUCUUCUUGCCCUCUGUAAUUGCUUGUGCCUGUGUUGCAUCUGCUGCUCGGAGGCUGAAGCUCUUAAGUGCUGGCCUGUCUUGUGACACUCUUCUGCAGCUGCUGGCCAACACCUUAGACACAGAUCUGAAUGCACUCUGCAGCUGUUUUAAUCAGCUAGAAGUUGUUUUGGACCUUAGCUUGCCCACCACGGCUGAGGUGAAGUCUCGAGCCAACUCGCCUAACUCAGAGGUCAGCAACACGCCUACAGACAUACAGGAUGUCAAGCUGUCUCCACUGGGAUAGAUCAGAAAUGUCCACCAUGGAGAGUUUUGUCAUGACAUCUUUGGGUCUCUGAUGCACUUGACGUGACAUAUGUUUGUCAGCCAUAGUAAGUGAAGUUGCACACAGUGGAGGGACUAAUAAUACUAUGAAAAACAGUAAAAAAAGAAGAUAAAAAAACAGGAGCCUGUGAAUAAAAUUGAGAUAUUGAGGAGUUAAUUUCCUGUUCCAUUAAAUCAUUUUAAAUCAGUUUGUGAUUUUAGUUUAAUAUAGUUUUGCCAACAGGUUUUAUUAUUUUUUUAUGUGCACCAGUUCACUUCUUUGUAGCUUCACAUUAGACAGUUGUUCCUCAAUGGCUGCACAUUGCUGUGUGCACAUUAGAAAAAAUCUCUGGGAAGUAUCGUGUGAGCAUAUUCUCUGUAGCAGAUGGUCUUUACUGAGGCAAAUAUUUGUAUUGUGUUUCAACCUGUGCUCUUGGUAAACAUUUGACCUUUCAAAAGUACAUGAAUUAUUUCUAAAAUGCUGCUCUUCUAUGUUUGGUCUGUCAUUA